UUCUAAACUGUCUUCUGCUGUGUGGCAGAGAGCAACUUCUCAGCAGACUGGGUGUGGUGGCUCUGAAAACACUGAAAGAAAUCAGAGACCGCUCAACGUUAGCUACCUAACGGCGCGUAUCAUUCAAAACCCUCGGCGAGCAGUGGAUGGACUAACCGGGGAAUUUUGCAUUUUCUGAUUCAUUCGGUUUCUCGUCGCCGAUUGUCUCAUCGUUCAGUUUGCUUUUCUACUCAAUAUCUGAACACGAGUGGUUGAUAUCAACCUUCUUUUUUUUGUUUUGUUUUGAAACUUUUUGGAUUUGUGGAUAUAAGUUUUUCCUUCCCAGUCCGCGUGAUGUAAAAACUCCAGCGUCUGGCUAACGUUAAGUUACCUGAUUUUUUUCUUGGAAGUCUUAAACGUCAAGAGAUUCCAGGUGUUGUUCUAAUCUCAGUAAUUUAUCUCAAAUAACGUUAUAUAAAUCAAUAUUUAAUCCCAAAUCCCAAAACGUAUUUUGAAAGAUUUCUCGGACGUACGAGACAUCAGUUUCGGAUUUACUAACGUUCGUCUCUUAAGGACAUUUCCCCUCCUUGGACUUGCGACAGGCAUUUUUUUUAAGCAUAAAGAGGAAGUUAGUCACGGAAGACAAUUAAGCGACUCCAGUCGCUUUAAAGGGUCAAUACCUUUUUUUCUCUCAUAAAUAUAUAUUCAUAAAUCCGUCGCCCUGAAGCGCGCAUUCGGAACCAUGGGCUGCACCGUGAGCCAGGAAGAUAAAGUCGCGGCAGAGCGCUCCAAAAUGAUUGACAGGAAUCUGCGCGAGGACGGAGAGAAAGCCGCCAAAGAAGUGAAACUGCUGCUGUUGGGUGCUGGAGAAUCGGGGAAGAGCACCAUCGUAAAACAGAUGAAGAUUAUCCAUGAGGAUGGCUACUCAGAAGAAGAGUGUAAGCAGUAUCGAGCAGUGGUCUACAGUAACACCAUCCAGUCCAUCAUGGCCAUCAUUAAAGCCAUGACCAACCUCAAGAUCGAAUAUGAAGACAGUGCCAGAGCGGAUGAUGCACGUCAGUUGUUUGCUCUGGCCGGGCCGGCAGAGGAACAGGGCAUCCUGCCAGACGAUCUGGCCAAUGUCGUCACCAGACUGUGGGCUGAUGGAGGGGUACAGAGCUGCUUAACCCGCGCCAGAGAGUAUCAGCUCAACGACUCCGCUGCAUAUUAUCUGAAUGACAUGGAGAGGAUAGCCAAAGCAGACUACAUCCCAACCCAGCAGGACGUGCUGAGGACCAGAGUGAAGACCACUGGCAUCGUAGAGACACAUUUCACCUUCAAAGACCUGCAUUUCAAGAUGUUUGAUGUCGGCGGUCAGCGUUCAGAGAGAAAGAAGUGGAUCCACUGUUUUGAAGGGGUGACGGCCAUUAUCUUCUGUGUGGCCAUGAGCGCGUAUGACCUGGUGCUGGCUGAGGACGAAGAAAUGAAUCGGAUGCACGAGAGUAUGAAACUCUUCGACAGCAUCUGCAACAACAAGUGGUUCACCGAGACCUCCAUCAUCCUGUUCCUCAACAAGAAGGAUCUGUUUGAGCAGAAGAUCACACACAGCCCCUUGACCAUCUGCUUCCCUGAGUACACAGGUGCCAACAACUACGACAAGGCCGCCGAGUACAUCCGCACCAAGUUUGAGGACCUGAACAAGAAGAAAGAAACUAAGGAGAUUUACCCUCACUUCACCUGUGCCACGGACACGAAGAACGUGCAGUUCGUUUUCGACGCUGUCACCGACGUCAUCAUCAAAAACAACCUGAAGGAUUGUGGGCUCUUCUAGAGCAUGAAAACAGGAAGAUGCAUUGAGAUUACUUGAACAGUUUUGAUGACCAGAGGAAGUAGGGUGUAAUACGUCCUGAGCAUCUGCACUGGCCAACCAUGACUCCUGCUUCCAUACGAUGACUGAUAGCUCAGAGGAGCCCAACACAAUUUCAAUGAUUGCCAACGACCUUAGCCUCUGUUCUCCCUCCCUCUCUCUAUGACACUGUCCCAGCAUUGUGUUUGACAUUUCAAAUCUGUAUUAUUAACUCUUUGGGCUAUGACCACAAAUCACCAACUGUUGUAUUAUCCUUUGUCCAUUUUUUGAUUUUCGUUCCUUUUGUUAAUUUUUUUUUUUUUUUUUUUUUUGAGUAAUAGCAGAGGCAACUAAAUGUUUUAUAUGAUACUUUCAUUUUUCUCUAGGGAAUCUGAUGUGCAAAUUUUAUUAAACUUUUAAUUGCAUAAUGCUUAUUUUUUUAAAAACCAACAGGUGUUAGAUAUAAGGUAUGAUUGAAAAAGGAAAGCGCUUUUUUUAUGAUGUUUACAUGACGACCUUGUUGAUAGAAAAAUGGAAAAGUUGUCCUGCAUGAUAGAAGAUAACAAAUAUAUCAAUACAAGUAAUCAGUUCACAUCAACGUAACAUUCCUUUUUAAGAAUAAAUUUUAAAAAGUACAAAAAAGAAUAAAAAAUAAACAAAACAAAAAAAAAAGCACAAAAAAAUGAGGAAAGAACUGCUGAAAUGUAACUGAUAUUUAAAAUAUGUACGUAACAGUAUCUAACAGUCUAUUUUUCCUUUUCUUUUAUCUUCCCGUUCUUCUUUCUAGCAUUCUGUUUGUGCCUUGACUUCCGUUUACAAUGGACUUUAUUUUCUCCUCACCUGUCCUACUGUACGUAAACAUUUCUGCUCCAGAAUUUUCACACGAUCUAAGAAUAAAUAGUAAUUAAUGGAAAUCUAAUUGAAAAAAAAAGAGGGUAGUGUUUUUGUUUCUUUUUUUUUUCUUUUUUUUUUGGCAAAGAUUAAAAUUCUUUUGAAAGUCCUAUAUAAUGAUUUAAUUUAAAUAAAAGUGCAUUCACUAGA